AAUGGGAUGGUUCAGCGCGGACGAAAUCGUCGCGCCGGUGACGAACAGUGCGUGCGAGCAAAAUCAAGUAGCCCAAACAGUGGCACUGUGUGCGAUUGCGGCAGCCGCUAUCGGAUAUAUUUCAGUUAAGGUGAUAAUAAAACUGCACCGCCAACAAACGGAACGAGUAGCCACUCGUGCGAUCCAAAUGAACAACUUAUCGGCAACACCUUAAAAAGUAAAAAAAAAAAAAAAAUGUUAACGGGGAAAAGAAGUGUGCUAAUCUAGUGAGUCAGAAACAAAAGACAAUCAAUGAACAAUGAGUACAACAACAAACUACGAACAGAACGAAAUUCUGAUUAAAAUAUGCAAGCAACAACUGGAAGCGAUAAGGGAACAACUAAUGCUACGGCUGAAGGAAGAUCCGUUCACAGCCCAAGACAGACUCUCGAGCUGAUAAAUACAUCGGGAAUCUUACAGACGAUAGUAUGAAUACUUCUUCCACUGAGCAAACGGGAUUAUUGUUGACAAUGCCGUCGGGGACGUUGGAAACGCACCUGAGAAUUGGAACCGGAUCUAGAUAAGUAUCUAUAGGUUUAAUUUAAAAAAAAAAAAAAAUUAAAAUAAUGUUUUUAAUGUAUAGAGUAGUCAAAAAGCUAAAAUAAUAUUUCGACUUUUAGGAACAAACAACAAACAGAAAAACAAAACAUGGAAAACCAAAACAACCAACAGAGGAAGAGAACAAAUGAAGAGAAAUGAAACACAGAAAAAAAAAUAAUAAUAAUCUUCAUUAUUGCAGAAUCCUAAAAUCGCAAUGGCUUCGUGUAGGAUUUGUUCCGAAAAUUGUACCGAAAAUACUCGUCUGAUGAAAAGGGAUUUUCGAGAGAAGGCACAGGAUAUUUUCGGUUUAAUGAUUCAACAUUCCUACCCGAAAGAGACAGCAGUUUGUGACUGUUGUGAGAAGAGGAUUAACAAAUUCUACGCCUUUAAACAUGUGAGUCGUCAUCAAAUCAAUACGUUGAAAACGCCCGAUAAAACUCCUGUCAGCGCUGGAUUUGCAAUAAAAGAAAAUGUGAUCGUUGUUGAAUCCUCAGAGAAGCCGGAAGACGACGAUGGCAUCGAACCACUUGAAAUGCCCAAAGUUAAAAAAAGAUACGGCCCACCGCCAAAACGAACUUUAGUACGCUUUACCAAAGAACAGCUUGCGACGAAAACGAAAAAGGAACUCUACAUUGAACGACACAGGAGAUUUUGUGAAUUGUGCGGAAAAACCGUUAACCAUAACCAGUUUGAAUCGCACAUGAACGGUCACCGUGGAGUCAAACCGUACGCAUGUCCGGAACCGAAUUGUGGAGCCGCGUUCAAAUGUCAGCGGGCGCAAAAUGCACACUUCCGGCGAAACCAUUCCAAUGAACAGUACCCUUGUUUCAAGUGUGGCAAAGUACUGACCAGUACUAUGUCGCUCAAGAGUCACAUGGCAUCCCACAUGGAACGAACCAUCGAGUGCGAAGUUUGUGGUUUGAAAGUCUUAAGAAAAUCUGUGUUGGAUGUGCACAUGCGGAUGCAUACGCAAAAACGAGACUACCAAUGUCCGUACUGCCCGAAGGCUUUUUAUGUUAAAACGGUCCUGACGCUUCACUUGCGCAGUCAUACUGGCGAAAAACCAUACGCGUGCCACAUAUGUAAAUUUGCUAGCGCACAUCGGAUUCUGUACGUUAAACAUAUGCAAAAGUUCCAUCCCGCGGCACCUAUUUACACGCUGCAAGAAAUGCAAAAGCUAGCAAUUGCUGAACCUAAAGGCGGGGAAGAUAUCGUUGACAAUUAAAAAUCUAAGAAUUUAUACCGGAAACAAGCGUAUCUUAUUGAUGCCGAAAGCAAUUUAUGCAU